GUUUCUUCCGGGUAACUUGCUCAUCACGUCAAACUUCUCCUUUCAAGAUGGCAGCAGCUAUGGAUGUGGAUACGCCGAGCGGCACAAACAGCGGAGCCAGCAAGAAGCGAUUUGAAGUUAAAAAGUGGAAUGCUGUGGCGCUGUGGGCCUGGGACAUAGUGGUGGAUAACUGCGCAAUCUGUCGGAACCACAUCAUGGAUCUUUGUAUAGAGUGCCAGGCCAACCAAGCUUCUGCAACCUCUGAGGAGUGCACUGUAGCUUGGGGUGUCUGCAAUCAUGCCUUCCAUUUCCACUGUAUCUCUCGCUGGCUGAAAACCAGACAGGUGUGCCCACUGGACAACAGGGAGUGGGAGUUUCAGAAAUACGGACACUAGCUGUAUUAUUGUUGACCUUUUUCUCGGCUACUUGAAGAGGCACCCUUACUGCUCCUGUCCCCUCCCGCUUGUAAUCCUAGUUUUUAUUUUUCACCCAUGUCUUUGUUUUGGUAUGUUGUAAGUACACAAAUAAAAAUGAAUGUUGUCAGA